AUGACCGAAUUGCGAGCCCUGGUUCCGUCAAACGGACGGGAUCUGAGUGCUGCAGCCAUAUCGCAGUGUCACCAGAAUUCAACUGAAUAUCGAAUAAUCACGAAAUUUUACAUUCGUGGUUUCGGCGGGGUCCCACUAAUUAAGGGAGAUCCAAAAAUUAUACCCAUCAAAGCUCAGGUACCAAUCAUCUCUCGUUUUCAUAAGUUUAUCGCUGAGAAAGCACGAUUGUUGAGGCCAAGGGCGAUCUACAUAUGUGAUGGUGGAGAGAUGGAACGGGAAGACUUGAUCAGGGAACUGAAACAAAUCGGUGUGGCUAAAGAGUUGAAAGCACACAACAACUGUUGCUUGAUAACUACCGAUCAACGAGAUGCACACUCGAUGCCAAUCGAUCCGUUUAUUGCGUCAGAUUGCAUUACUUCCACUGAAACAAACCCAGUGGACACCGUUGACAAUCCCGAAAACAUAUUCGAGCCUCUGCAAAACAAGUCGGGUCACAGUUGUCAAAACAUUCAGUUGCGAUUUUUGAGAUUCUCAUAUGGCCGAUCGGUGUUUGCAAAAUGGAUAUCUCCAUUUGAAAUGGGUGUGGAAUUGGAUGAGCGCUUUCCAUGUGCAAUGGCCGGUAUGUUUGCUCGACGAUACUCAUCAACAAAUCUCGUUAAAUCAUCGUAUUUUGCUGCUUAUUUGCAGAGAAUUUUAAGGAUUCCCAUCCUAACGUUUGAGAAAUUGAAGCGUUCACAACGAAACUAUCAACUAUAUUUGAUGUUGUCGGGAACUGAGCUUGCAGGUCGAGUCAUGUAUGUGUUGCCAUUCUCGUUGGGUCCAAUCGGUGGACGCUUCUCUGCUAACGCUAUUCAGCUAACCGACAGCCCCUACGUAGCAUUGAUAACAGUCACUUGUGCAAGCGUAAAAGUUUUCAGAGUAUCACCUGCUGUAUGGGAUUGUAUACAUGACAAACGAUUUGUUCGUUGUGUUCAUUCUGUAGGUGUUCAACGGCCCAUCAUCUACAAACUUGAAAAUAACUGGCCAUGCGUGCCUGAACUAGCUUUGUUGGCGAUGUCGGCGAAAACGCCAGAGGAACGUGAAGUUUGGUCGUAUGGAACGGGGAAUGAAAGUGCCAUAUCUUGCUUGAGCGAGAUAUCGUUGAGACUUGCAUCAAUGGUUGCCAGGGAUGAGGGGUGGCUAGCGGAACAUAUGGCUGUCAUUGCAGUCACAGGUACUUCUGACUUCCCAAUACUUGUAUAA